AUGUCCCGCGACUCCGCCGCCACGCACAUCCACAUGCGCUCCUCGCGCCUGGCAGAUGUAUUUGAAGAAUUCUGCCGGCCGCCCUCCUCCACGGUCUUCGCACCCGCCGGCUCAACGGCAACGACCCAAGCCCACCAACAAUCCGGCAGCGGCACGGGCGCGAACGCCAACGCCAACAUCGGCACGACCGGCACGCGGGGCACGCUCGCGGACGGGAGCGGCAUGACGGCCUUGCCGGGCCAUUACCUCCCCUUCGAGGAGAUCGCGCUGCCCCCGCACUUGAUGCCGAUCAAUCCCGAGGACGAGGACGAUGUCGUGCCGGACAUGCACGCCGCGUUCGGGAUCAAUCGCGCGUUGAACCAGUCCACGGUCGGGGUGAUUGUGGCGGGGGGUGCUGCGUCCGCGGCAGGGGUCGCGGGUGGGGUCGGCGGCAGCGGUGAGCCGACUGGGGAGGCGAGUCACGCGGGAGUCAUGCACGAGCCGAUCUGGAGGGAUUUGGGCUUGGAGCGGUUGGUUGCGGAUGGGCCGCGGAAUGGGAACCCCGGUGUUGGGCUUGGGGAGAUGGGGCUGAGGAGGGAGGGGCGGCGGACGGGGUUGCUCCUCCUGCGAUAG